AUGGCAGAUCGUCUUGUUUACGCACAUGUGGGCUCGACGCAGUUGGCCUGUGAUAUUCUAUCGAUUUGUUGGUACGUGCACUACCUUACUUUGUGUUCAAUAAAUCUACGCGUGCGCCACGCAUUGCAUACCAGAGUAAUUGGAAGUCCCCGUUCCAGGACAGGCACAAGCCAACACCCGUACACCAACCUAUCAGCCUGCCUGAGCAGCACGUGCCGACAA